AUGAUCAAAGACAUUGGUGAUGCCUGCUACUUCCUUGGGCUAGAAAUUACUCGAUGCAAUGAUGGUCUCUAUGUCUCGCAGACCAAAUACACUAUGGAUAUUAUUCGCGAUACCGGUCUAUGUCAGUCAAGACCAGCCUCUACACCUCUUCCACAAGGUUUGAGGGUUCACUCUAUCUCAGAUGAUCCGCUCCCUAACCCAAAUUCGUAUCGUCGUCUCGUGGGUCACCUAUUAUAUCUUGGAUUCACUCGUCCAGACAUUUCUCAUUCCGUUCAGCAACUUAGUCAGUUUCUCACACAUCCGUGCGAGUCGCACUGGCAAGCGGCUCUGCAUGUAGUUCGCUAUCUUAAGAGUUGUCCGUCAAAGGGUCUCCUCUUCCCCUCACAGAGCUCACUAACACUGACAGCUUAUUGCGACGCCGAUUGGGCGACCUGCCCAGAUUCCAGACGAUCACUUACAGGUUUUUGUAUAUUUCUUGGACCAGCUUUGAUUUCCUGGAAAACUAAGAAGCAGUGUACGGUAUCUCGAUCGACAGCUGAGGCUGAGUAUCGUAGUCUAGCUGCUACUGUCUGCGAAUUACGUUGGAUUUCUUAUAUUCUGACUGAUCUCGGUAUGUCUACCUCUCUUCCUAUUGAUCUAUUUUGUGAUAACAAAGCGGCAUUACACAUUCUGGCCAAUCCUGUCUUUCACGAACGCACCAAACACAUAGAAAUGGACUGUCACUUAGUUCGUGAUGCUUAUAAAGAAGGUUUCAUUGCCCCCUCUUUUGUUCGGAGCUCGCUACAGCUCGCUGAUCUCUUUACUAAGGUGUUGCCCAUAUCUGCCUUCACGAGUUUGUUGAGCAAGUUGGGCUUGUUUGCUAUCGAACCAGGUCCAACUUGUGGGGGGGAUGUUGAGAAUUUGAAUACAACAACAGCUAAUGAAAUUGUCACUUGA